AUGACGGCAGCUGCCGUCGGCGCUGAGGAUUCGAAGGUGGUGAUAGCUCCGCUACCGCCGUCGAGGUAUUACAUUCACAUUGUAAACAGGCUAAGCUACCUUGGGAUGCUUGCACACUGCCAGUCGAAGGACGAUGAUUUGGGAUAUCGCCAUAUGCUUAAGAAUGGAGAUGAAUUCCAAUGGAACUUUAGGGAGAAUUUUUGGAGAACAACCUUGUUUUGGUGCUGUGUGGAGAGGCCAGAUGCGUAUGUCUCUUUUGAAGUAUUUUGGCCUGAGAGAAGACACAGAUGGCUCCGUGAUAGGUGUGGGUCUCAAGGAACGUGUGUUUGGAUCGCUAAAGAUGAUGGAAUUUACUUGAGAAAUAUGGGUACUAAUACUGAUGAGUUUGUUCACAAAUGGAUCUUUAAGCGUUGUUGUUGA